CUCCCCGAGAGGGCCAUCGGCUGCCAACGGGACCCAGCGCCCUCGCUUAUCAUCGCGAUAGCCCCGACCUGGGUGCGGGAUGGCCGCGGAGCCGGGUGGAAGUGCUCCGCGGCUCCGGGAGCCGGCUCUCGGGGCCGAGACAUGGCCCGGGGCUCCGGCCAGUUAAGUGGGCCUCAUCUAGACACUGUCGCCAUGCCCAAGAGAGGAAAGCGGCUCAAGUUCCGGGCCCACGACGCCUGCUCGGGCCGAGUGACCGUGGCGGAUUAUGCCAACUCGGAUCCGGCGGUUGUGAGGUCUGGACGGGUCAAGAAAGCCGUGGCCAACGCUGUUCAGCAGGAAGUAAAAUCUCUUUGUGGCUUGGAAGCCUCCCAGGUUCCUGCAGAGGAGGCUCUUUCUGGGGUGGGUGAGUCGUGUGACAUCAUGGACAGCAGUGAUGAGAUGGAUGCUCAGGAGGAAAGCACUCAUGAAAGAUCAGUCUCCAGAAAAAAGAAAAGCAAGCGACACAAAGAAGACCUGGAUGGGGCUGGAGGAGAAGAGUAUCCUAUGGAUAUCUGGCUGUUGCUGGCUUCCUACAUCCGUCCUGAGGACAUUGUGAAUUUCUCCCUGAUUUGUAAGAACGCUUGGACUGUCACUUGCACUGCUGCCUUCUGGACCAGGCUGUACCGCAGGCACUACACGCUGGAUGCUUCUUUGCCUUUGCGGCUGCGACCAGAGUCCAUGGAGAAGCUGCGCUGUCUCCGGGCAUGUGUGAUCCGAUCUCUGUACCAUAUGUAUGAACCAUUUGCUGCUCGAAUCUCCAAGAAUCCAGCCAUUCCGGAAAGCACUCCCAGCACACUAAAGAAUUCCAAAUGCUUACUUUUCUGGUGCAGAAAGAUUGUUGGGAACAGACAAGAACCAAUGUGGGAGUUCAACUUCAAGUUCAAAAAACAGUCCCCUAGAUUAAAGAGCAAGUGUACAGAACGGUUGCAACCACCCAUUCAAUAUGAGGAUGUUCAUACCAACCCUGACCAGGACUGCUGCCUGCUGCAGGUUACCACCCUCAAUUUCAUCUUUAUUCCUAUUGUCAUGGGGAUGAUAUUUACCUUGUUUACUAUUAAUGUGAGUACAGACAUGCGGCAUCACCGAGUGAGAUUGGUGUUCCAAGAUUCUCCUGUCCGUGGUGGUCAGAAUCUGCGCAGUGAACAGGGUGUGCAAGUCGUCCUGGACCCAGUACACAGUGUUCGGCUCUUUGACUGGUGGCAUCCGCAGUAUCCAUUCUCCCUGAGAGCAUAGUUACUGCUUCCCAUCCCUUGGGACGGCUUCCAGUCUAGUCCGUUAGUAAUCAGAUUCUGUGUGGAGGGGCAGCUGGAUUGUAUAUCUGAUUAGUGAUGCACAUGCUGUUUGGGUUCCUGGGGCUCCUAUUACAGGAGGUGGAAAGGUUGAAUCAAGAGGAAAACCAGCUAUGAUUUAUACACAUUUUAAUGUAAACUUUGCAUAUUUGAAAGGAGAAACCUGGCCUCAUAUUCUGUGUUAAACCCCAAUUGGUGCUGUUGAGUUUGUUUAUUCUUUGAUCUCAACAAAAAUGGUUGAUCUUGUGCUAGGGAGAAAUUAAACUCUGCCUGUUCAAGCAAGGAAGUUUUCCCUAUGGAUCAGAGGAACCCAGAGGUUUAAAGUGGUUGCUCCAUUGUUGCUGCUCCUCAAAUUCAAGUGAAUAUUUUUUUCUUUUCCCUUUACCCUUCUCCAGAAAUAAAGCAGGUGACAGGGUUGUCAGAAUCUUACGAGAUUGACUUGUGCAUCUUUAAAAAAAAUGCUUUUUGGAUAUUUAUUACAUGAGUAUUGAUUGUUUUGCUGA